CGUGUUCGGAAGACGGAUGGUAGCUAUUCCUCAGGGAUUUCUGGUGCCCUUUAAGAACGAUGGUUCCAUAUCCUUGAUGGACAUCUCCGUGCCAACACCCAAAGGUCCAUACAAACUGACCGAUGACAGCUCCGGGAAGUGGUUUUACCACAGGGUUAUAUGGAAAGACAUGGAUGCCGACGGUGAUGACGAUGCUGUCACGUGUCGAGCCCGGGAGCCAGUCAUUGGUAGCGACAAGGAGUUUGAGUUGUUAUGGUUAGAGAAUCAAGGAAGGCUUGAUUCGCCAUGGACACCCCACGUGAUCGCCCACGGUCCCGACAUCUUUAUGAGGAACGCCACACUGAUGACACCGAGUGGGCCAAAGGAUUGUAUUAUCACGGCACAAUACUUCACCCAGAGUCUGUCCGUCUAUUGGACAGAUAAUAUCACACAUUCGUGGACUAAUCUGUCACAGGUACAUUCCCGGGUGAUAGACAAUAGCAUAGGAGGCGUGUUUGAGGUGGAAGUCGUGGACCUUAACGGGGACGGAAAACUUGACCUUUUGGUGACAGAAAACGGAGAAAUAGGGGCCCUGUACGGGUUUGAGAUACCAGUCGACUUUAGGACGGACAAUUUUACUCGGCAUACCAUAGCACAAGGCUUCGGACCGCGGAAAUCCGGGACCGGAAAAGGAGCUCCUGGAUCUCCUGCAGCGGUGUUUCCGAACACAAACGAUACACAAAAAAAGAAGCCCUCCAUCUUGCUGUCUGGUGAUGAUGAAGGCACAGCGUAUUACAUAGAACCUGUGAGCGACGACGCGUCGCUGUGGACGUACAAUAUAACGACGUUUUUACAGGCAAGCGACGGGACGGUCGGCCAGCUCAGCUUCGCCGACGCCGACGGCGACGGAUACCAAGAAGUGUUCGUGCCAUCUUAUAGCACGAACGAGCUAUAUGUCUACACCUUCCAUCCGUAGGGCCCUCUGUCGACUAACCUCACUCUUGUAAUAUUUGUUUACUGGCAAAGUAUAGGUCUCAGGUGCCUAAUUUGAUAUCGAGCGUGUUCUUAUUGUGAUACAUUGCGGAGAUUUCAUUUUACGGGUAACCGCGACCAGGAUAACCAUGUACAAUGUAAAUUAAACACAUUCGUUUUCUUUUCUGAUAGCGAGUAAGAGGACGGUUUGCUUAUACUUAGGAACUGGUUCCUCGUUAAUACAUUCCAGGUGCACUACCACAAGAAGUUUACACCUUGAAUGUAAACAUUUGUAAAUAAAAAAAUAAAAAAUGUAACAUUUUUACAUGUAGAGAAAAGACAAAUACCUUGAGAUACAACAGUUUAAUCUAUUUCUUUAGGUCUGGCACAUCAGCCAGCAAUCGUGUUAUGUAUCGUUUCCAGGGAGUAACGUUCUAAUGAGGUGGCCUUGCCGAUUGUAUGUGACAGUGAAUAAGCCUAAUCAACAACAACAACAACAACAACAACAACAACAACAACGUCAUAAUAAGAAAACAAACAACGACAAAUAUGCUGUCUCAAAUUAUGAGAAUGAAAUUGCAUUGACGGAAAAAAUCGACGCGCAAACAAAUUUAAAAUUUUAUAUUUAUAUUCCUAUUGUAUUUAUGUAUGCUUCUAACGAUUAACUAUGCACUGUAAAGUGUCUUAGAUUAGGGUUUAAGCAGUAUAUGGCGCCAUUUAUAACAUGUACAAAGAAGUCAAAACAAUUGUCUUUGAGCUAACAGGGCCUAUAUACCAAAUAUGAUGCAGUGAUGUUUUUUUCCCAUUCUGCUAAUUCAAUGCUAAGGUAAUACAAUGCUAAGGUAAUUCAAUGCUAAGGUAAUUCAAUGUUAAGGUAAUUCAAUGCUAAGGUAAAUUCAAUGCAAAGGAUAAUUCAAUGCUAAGGUAAUUCAAUGCUAAGGUAAUUCAAUAUUAAGGUAAUUCAAUGCUAAGGUAAUUCAAUGCUAAGGUAAUUCAAUGUUAAGGUAAUUCAAUGCUAAGGGUAAUUCAAUGCUAAGGUAAUUCAAUGCUAAGGAUAAUUCAAAGCUAAGGUAAUUCAAUGCUUAGGUAAUUCAAUGUUAAGGUAAUUCAAUGCUAAGGUAAU